GCAAACGUUCUGCUUCCUUGUCAGUGUAAAGAUGGCACUCACAGACCCGUGCAAAGGGUGAUGUUCUCUGAAAUGAAAAUGGACAAGGGAGCAAGGUAGCACAUUUGUAAUAUCCACUGGCUCAGACUGCUGGUGCAGUAGACAUGAACUUGACUGAAGACAGUUUAUUUACCUCGAAGGCUAAGGAGUGCAGAUCCGUUUGAUUUGUUGCUUGUUGAAUAGUCGAAGUGUGUCGGAUCUGGUUAGCUAACGUAGCUAGCUAGUGGUAGCAAAAUAGAUGCUCGCAAAUACUGCGAUUCUGUAUUGAUUUAUACGCAGUGCAUAUUCGACCAUGGCCAUCUCUCAGUUUCGCCUUUUUAAGAUCUGCACUUGUCUCGCAACCUUGCUGUCCUUCUUCAAAAGAUUGAUAUGCAGAUCAGGAAGGUUGCGAAAGCUAAGUGGUGACCAGAUAACUUUGCCAACUACAGUGGAUUUUUCAUCGGUUCCCAAACAGGCUGAGAUUGAGGAGUGGAGCUCCUGGGAUGAGGAAGCCCCCACAAGUAUCAAAAUCGAGGGGGGCAAUGGCAACCUUCCACCCCCUCAGGAUGAUGCCGAGGAGGAGGAGCCAGAUUACUUCAAGGACAUGGCUCCCACCAUCAGGAAAACCCAAAAAAUUGUUCUGAAGAAGAGGGAGCCGCUGAAUUUCACCAUUCCGGACGGAAGUUCGGGUUUCUCCAGCCGGCUGGCAGCCACUCAGGAUGUGUCAUUCACCCAGCCGUCGGCUGAGCUAGGGGAAAUGGACACCUGGCAGGAGGACCCCAAUGCCUGGGAGGAUGAGUCUGAAGCUGCUUGGGAGGCGGAGGAAGUGCUGAGGCAGCAGAAGCUGGCUGAGAGGGAGAAACGAGCCAUGGAGCAGCAGAGGAAGAAACUGGAGAAAGAAGCUCAGAGACUGACGAAAAAAGAACAGAAGAUUGCCGUUAAGCUUUCGUAACGUAGAAGGAGCCCUGGGCAACGACAUAUGCCAGGAAAAAGCUGGACAUCCUUCCACACAGUCACCAUUUUCAUAACAGUUUUUUUCCCCCCUCCCUUUCCAAAGUUAACCCAUUCAUUUUCAAUUUCCUGGUGUAAGUCCACCAGCAGCCAUUCAAAAUAUCCGUCUGGUGUCUGUGAAUCAUUCUGUAGGUCUGUUUUUUUUUUUUUUUUUUAAAUAACAACAAAAAAUAUGAAAAAUAUGCUAAAUUAUUUUUUCCCCUCUGCUGAAUCAGGUUGCAGGAACUAUUGUAAAUAGAAUUACAAAUGAACAUUUGGAGAACUGGGAAGUUUUGUGUAAUAAGGUGAAACUGCACAGCAGAGGGUGAUAUUCUUAAACUGCUGAAUUCAUUCUCCAGUAGCUUGGUUCUUUUUUUUGUUUUUUGUUUUUUGUUUUUUUUUUUGGUGGGGGGCGGGGUGGAGGGUCUUCAUUCAAGAUUUGUCACAAUACUUUCAUCAGUCUGUGUGUGACUCCAAACACUGAAUUUGCAUAGUACAAACAAGGACCAUUGAUGUAAAUGAAAGUGGCUGUUCUGAGGUUCACUGUAGUUACUGCUAAAUGUGGAUGUGGGUACAGAGUCCAACUCUUCCAACAGUAUCUUUAAAGGACAGGUGAGUUUAUUUUGGGAUCCCAAAGCAAAUUCUACUUUUAAUAAUCAAACUAGAUGCUCUUGGAAGGGCAUGUCUUAACAUCAUGCAGGUGGUACUCUGUAAGAUUCUUGCUCUUAUUCAUAUUCCUAAUGCUCUUAAUAGUAGCUGUUAUUUUCACUAAAAUGAUCGUUUUUUUCGUUGAAGAAUCAAUUAAAACUAAACAUUAACACUGACUCUGCAUUUAGUAUUGCACAUACGAUGAAUGAAUCCUAUAUCUAUGAUUGGACCUCUUGCAGCAGGGAUUUGAUGACUGAAUGUUACAAUAUCUGCUGUUAAGGGAAGAACAUGUCCACUAGCAUUGAUAUGUUUGAGUGUGCAUCUGUCCUGGUACAAGUGAUCUUAUGCAGCACUUGAGAAACGGAGGCUGGUACAGAGACUCCCACAGAAGAUACGCUAACCGGUUUGCAUCUGUGCUAUAGAACAAUGGUGCUUGUCAGUUGAUGUUAAAGCAUUGUAGCUUUGUAUCUAAGCAUCAUUCAAGAGGGAGAGGAGGGUGGGCAGUUUAUUCUGGUCCAUACUGGGCAUAAUUUAUGAGACCAGAUUGGCAUGUCAUAUUGUCAUGGAAACCUGGGGUAAUUACAGCUUCAGAAAAAAAUUGUUGCAGGAGAGCUGUCAUUUUUGAACACUGAUUUCAUAUGAGUGAGCAGUCUGACCUGGAAUGAUUAUGCUUCUGUCACCAAAAAAAACCAUCUUGUCUCACAGUACAUUGGAUGUUCUGUAAAAAUACUUUUUGGCUGCAAGAUGCUCACCUUAGUUUCUUCUUGUGAGGGUUUUCUUUUUUGGGGGGGGAGGGGGGGGGGGGAGUCACAGAGGGAAUCGUUUGUGUAGCAGUCUUACUGCAUUUUAAAAUAUCGACUGUAUUGCCAAGAGAGCAAUCUAUAGAGCAGGCUGAUGCAAUUAACAAAUGAGAAAUAUAUAAAACAUUUUAAAACUUUGGUUUAUACAUUAUUGACCUAUUGAUAGUAUUGUCCAGUGCAUGCAGUGUGUAAACAGGAACUUUGGGCCAGGGAUAUGAUGGUUGUAAGAAAUUGACAUUUUGACCAUUUUCAUGCCUUUUUUGAUAUAUUUACAUUGAUUUUUUUCUUUGCAAUGCAGAAUGGCUGGUUUCUGUCAUAUUUAAUUAGGUGGUGAAAGUUGCAUGGUUAAUUGUGUGCUCAUCAAGAAUAUUUCAUUAUUUUGCACAUCCCCUGUAUGACAUAGGCAAUAAAUGUCUAGAGUCUCAUUCCGGUGUGUGUAUGUGGGGGUGUUGUGUGGUGCAGGUCAUCCAGCUGAACACCCAAUGGGCAGUCUUAAAGGCAGAACUUAAAAUCUUUCUACAGGCUCGUGAUUUGUUAGCAUUAGUAUUAGCAGGACAUUAUGAAACAUCAAAAUACUGCUCAGCAGCUUCACUGGUUGUUUUGGCAGAACUUCAGUGGCCGGGGUACUGAUUAUAUUUCAGAGGUUUUCGUAAUGUCGUUCCUUGCUUCUUCUUAACGUGGAUGCUAUUAGUGUCCCUUUAGUCCUUCAUAUACAGAAAUAAAUAAUUUUCUCCUAAAACUGGAGGAAAGAAAUGCCCGUUAAUUUGUAGAAUGUGCAUGGCCCUGUUGCAGUUUUAAUUUUCUGAUAUUAUAUUGCUUUGUUAACCAAUAGGUCUGAUUUCUUGGCAGCAAUGCAGUUACAAGUGUUCAGCUCUGAACCCACUGGACAUCAGUUUGAAACUUGUAUGUCACAGUUGCUGUACCCUUCUACAAGCCAUUUUACCUCAGAUAGGCUAGACUUUCUAUUUGUACAAGCGAUCACAUUAUUUGUGUGUCUGAAAUAAAUUUAGUGUAAUCAUAUUUUUCGACCGCUGCCUUUUAAAUCCCAGGUCAGACUGGUUGCCUCGAUAAUCGGCACAUUUUGAUCCUGAAAGCUUGACGUCAUAAUCACUGUCUGCCACCAGAACAUCCCUCUUUGACACAAUGGCUGACCCAGUUAAAUGGAAAAGGCUUGUUUGUGCUUGGAGAACGGUGAAAGGGAACAAAGCAGACUGGAGUGAUAUUCCGCUCUCAAACAAGCCCCGCUUAUAGUGCUUCCUCUUUGAAUGUACAGUAUGUGCUUGGAAUGAUUGGCAUGCAUACGUCAACUUUUGUAGUUAUUUUUAUAGUGAGGAGAUAUUUCAUGUUACAGUCACUUUGUCUGUGUCUCUGUGUCCACUGGCCAUGUUUUGAGUUUUUGUGUUGUGUUCCUCAGUACUACACUGUAAUAACUCAUUGUAGUCAGAACUUGGGCCAAGAAAAAAAUGUAUUUGUUCUCAGUGUUUUAUUAGAGUGGACAUACAAAAUCUAUUUAGAAGGGGAAAGUGUGAAGUUGGAGCCAUUUACAUUUUUUGAAUGAUAGAAGCGCUCAGACCAUCCCAUCCACGGAAGGUAAUUAAUCCCCCACUUUUUGCUAAUAUGGCCUAGUUAAUGACAAAUGACCACAGACAUGAUUCAAAUUAUGGUAUAUUUGUUCCGUUAUGAUAUUAAUUUGAAACUCUUAAGUAAGAUGAGAAAGUUGAAAGCAGUGAGGGUUACUUCAGUGUGGCUUUUCUCUAAGGGUAUAAAUAAGAGCUCACUUCAAACUGGAUAAGAAUAGUUUUAAACAGAUUUUUGCUUUAGAGGUGUUGGCAGUCAAAACAUGGAGAGGGAUACCAUGCCACUGAGAAAAUGCUAAAUGAAAAUUGAUGGAACAAGAUGCCUAGGGGCAUGCUGGGAUUGGGCUGGACAUGACUGUUGGUGAAAUUUGUUCAGCAGCCUGCAGCUGUGUAGUGUCCACUCUCAUCUAAGGUGACUUGGAAUUCUCAUUACAGUUUAACUGGCACCUCAGGGGUGUGAAGUCCUCAUUGCAUCUUGGAAUUCUGUAGCCUGUAACCCAGCUGGUUUUUUGUGCAGUCGAGGCAAAACACCCUGCCUAUUUGUAGGACUGUCUUGUCACUUAAACUUCAGUUUGAGAGAGCAUAAACAUGCACACAUCACCAAAUUAUAUGUUGGCAGCCACCAGUCUGCAGACUUGCUGUCUUGUCUAACCAGAGGAGUCCUUUCACUAUCAGAGGGGGCAUACCAAUAUGUCUGAAGCCCUCUGUCCCAAUGUUACACUACAAUCAAUUAUGCACUGCACUACAUUGCACCUGCAGGGCUGCCAGCUACUGUCAGCACUGCCUAUCCAUUCUGCGCCCCACCCUCUUUGGUCAUUGUAGUGAGAAUGAGUUUUAAGAAGGAUGUCCACCUGCUGAUAAAUGUGUUUGCUUUUAGGCAUUCAGUGCAACAGCCUUCCAGUGUAUGAGCCUACACAUCUGUCGGGGAAUUGAGAAUUUGUUUAAAUUAUGACAAUUUCCAAAUCCAGCAGUUUUAAUAGCUAACAACCUAAUUUAAUGUUUGGCAUUCUGAGUACAGAACAAAAGUGCAUCAACCAUUGAAACUCCUCACUUAUCCCGACAUAAAUAGUUUUUUUUUAAUUAUUUGAUUCCAUUUGUUAAUCAUUAUUAAAGAUAUCAGUUAUCGGUUAAAGUACCAAAUGCAGAGCAACCUGUUGGAUGAACCUUCAUCAAAAUGUGCAAUUUGCAACCCAAUUAACUGUCAACUGGUAUCCUCUCUACCUUCUCUUGAAAGGGUUGUAAUCACCAAAACUACAAACUACUUAAAUCAGAACAACCUUCUUUACCCAAAUCAGUCUGGCUAUCCUCUGUAACACAGGUUCUCAGUUCUGCAAAAACAACAUCCCUGUUCUCUGUACUAAUCCUACGUGAUCUCUCUGCUACAUUUGGUGUAGGUCCUUUUGGGAACCCUGAAAGAAAUCGCUCUCUCAGACAAUGCCUAAAAGUGAUUAACUUCAUACCAUUUUGACCACUCCUAUCAGUGCGCACGCAUUAGCUUAACGUCAUACUUUGACAUGGCUGAACUGUCUCCAUUUCAAACUCAGUCUUGCCAAAAAUUAGGUGCUUGAUGUCCAAGCUAAAUCCACAUUCCUUGAGGAUCUGUCUAUCACCCUCGGCAACACAAAGGUAUCCUCAUCCCAGUUGCCAACAGUGUUGGUGUAUUCCUGGAUAACAAGAUGUCUUUUAUGCGCCUACUGCAAAAAACCACUUUAAGCUACUGUUCUACAUACUCAAAAUUCAUCCUUUCCUUACUUCUUCAGGAUAAUUUGCUACUUGAAAUGCUGCAUUCCCAGAAUCCCUCCUGCAUCUAUUAUGGUGCUUUAUGUUGUAGGUUUAUUUCAUACAUUAAAGUAAUUAACAUUAACUGCUCCUAUCAUUUGUAACCCUAAUGGAUUUCCAUUGGCUCAUGAUUGCCUAAACCUUUUUGUAUGCACUUAUGCAAGUCACUAUGGAUAAGAGCAUCUGCUAAAAGCCUAAAUAUAAAUUAAAAUGGGUGUGUUUCUGAACCCUGACAGCCAGUUAGAAUAAACAAAGAAAAACAUUUUAUGAACAUCUGAUACUGCUUAAGGGGCACUUUUCAAAAAGAAAAAAAACAGAAGCCGGACUGCGACUAUCAUGCUUUAAUAAUAAAUAUAUUAUGACAUCUCAAGUAAAUAAUAAAAUGGUAUUGCACAUGAUUCAGGCACAUAACAAGUGUCAAAUGUGCUGUAGCAUUAACUUUUUUCACAUGAACAAGUUAACACAGAACUGUAACAUAAAAAGCUCUAACACAGAGAAAAUACAUCUUCACUAAACACAAACAGUGAAGGUCUUUAAAGCUUUGGCUGAAGGUUUAGUAAUUUUUUUAAACAAACAAGAUACAACUCCAUAUAAACCUUAAAUUCUACUGCAACAAACUCAUGUUCAUCUCUUGAUCAUCUGUUCUCCCCUCCCCCACCCCUCAUAAAAAUACAAUUUUAAAAAGCAGGGGAAUAAAUAAAUUAAAGCAGCAAACAUCAUUUAGUUACAACACAACCACCUACCCAAAUGAUCAGUUUAAACAAA